AUGGCAGCACAUGGGAUUGUAUGCUCAGGUGUGCGUAGCAGAAUUGGUAAUGGCAGAACGACAUUGAUCUGGGGUCAUCCCUGGUUACCAGAUAAUCCCAGUCCACUGGUCAAAACUAUUAUGCCUGAGGAGUUGGGAAGUGCCUGGGACCCCCAUAUUUUAACAGAUUUAUUUGACGACCCAGAGGAUGUGGCGCGUAUUUCUAUGAUUUCGGUUAGCCCGGACUAUGAGGACACGUGGUUCUGGUUAAAGGAGCCAACAGGAAUCUACACGGUUAAGAAUGUUUAUAGGCAGAUUGUUGGUGAUUAUGAGCAUAACCCGGGAACUUUUGAUAAAUGGGUUAAAUUAUGGAAAAUGAAAGUACCACCCAAAUGGAAGACCUUUUUGUGGCGAACUUUAUGUGAUAUCCUCCCUACCACAAAUAAUUUAAUUAUGAAGAGAGUUGAAUUGGAACCUGUGUGCCCAAUGUGUGGAUUAUUUGAUGAAAAUGUGAUGCAUGCCUUAAUUACGUGUGAUUAUUCGAAAAUGGUAUGGGGUAUGUCGGGGUUACCUGUUAUAAAUAUUGUGACAGAUUCUUUGGUGGCAUGGCUUAUGAGAAUUUUUUAUGCUUUAACAGAGGAUCAGUGUGGCCUAGCUGUAUCUAUUCUCUACAAUAUAUGGAAUGCCCGAAACACCGCUGUUUGGGAGCAGUCCCUUCCGCGACCAGCACAAGUCACCCGGUGUGCUGCAGCAGCCGUGCGUCUCUACCGCCAGGUUCACCAGCGUGUUCGGGAGCCGGAGCUUGCUGCAACGUCAACGACAAUAGGGGACAGCCGACCGAAGUGUUAUAUAAAUGCAGGUUACAGGCACAACACCGGGGAAGUGACAUAUGGGGCGGUGUUGCUUUCUCAUCACGACAUGUUUAUGGCCGCAACAAGUGGCAAGUUAUCCGGGGCCUUCUCAGCUGUGAUGGCGGAGGCGUUGGCUUGCAAAGAGGCCCUAUCAUGGCUCAAGGAACGAGAUAUUCAGAAGGUGGACCUUCUCACGGAUUGUUCAGAAUUGUGGAGUGCACUAUACUUAGGCUCUACACCAAUGUUGUCUUAUGUUGGGAUCAUUGUGGACCAGUGUAGGACAACUAUGUUUUUAUUUAUUCAUUGUUCAUUAAGUUAUGUCUCCCGAACAUUAAAUUUACAUGCUCAUACUUUAGCUUCAUUAGCUUUUGAUCAGGAACAACCUAUAUAUUGGGACUUUGUCCCUCCUGACACUAUCAUUCAGUUCAUUUAA